AUGGAUGAUCAAAAUUUGUAUGAAAUAUUAGAAAUAGACUCUUCAGCCACAUCGAUUGAGAUUAAAAAAGCAUAUAGGAAAUUAGCUUUAAAAUAUCAUCCAGAUAAAGUAGCUGAAGAAGAUCGUGAAGAAUCAGAAAUUCAAUUUAAAAAAAUAUCAUUUGCUUAUGAAAUUUUAAUAGAUGAAACCAAAAGAUCAAAUUAUGAUACUUAUGGAAAUACAGAUUCACCAUUUGAACAAUUUUAUGGAGGAACCACCAACGAAUUUGGAUCAAAUGAUUUUUAUGAUUUUUUCAGAGGCGAAACACAACCUAGAAAUAAAACUGAAGAUGCACAUAUUAAGAUAGAAAUUACAUUAGAAGAAUUGUAUUUGGGGAAAGUUAUUAGAACCACAUCUACGAGAAAUAAAAUAUGUUUAACGUGUAAAGGAAGUGGACUAAAAUCUUUGUCUGUGGAAAGUAAAAAAUGUGGUAUUUGUAAUGGUGAAGGAUUUACUAGAAAAAUCAGAAGAGUUGCACCAGGAUUAGUAGCACAAGAUUAUGUCGAUUGUACAACAUGUAAUGGAACUGGAAAAAUUUAUAGAACAAAAGAUAGAUGUAAAAUAUGUAAAGGUUUACGAGUAGUUGAAGAAACCAAGAUUUUAGAAUUUGAAAUACCAAAAGGUUCAGCUAGUGAAGGAGUAAUUAGAAAAAAGGGAGAAAGUGAUGAAUACCCAGGAAAGAUCACUGGCGAUAUAAUAUUAGAAUAUAAAUGUAAACCUCACAAAACAUUCCUAAGAAGAGGUGAUGAUUUAAUAGUAGAUUUUAAAAUUUUUUUGGUAGAUGCUUUAACUGGGUUUGAAAAUACAAUAGAACAUUUGGAUGGUAGAGGUAUUAAAAUACAUUCUAAAAAAGUUAUACGACCUGGAGAUUAUAUCAAAAUAUCAGGUGAAGGAAUGCCCAAAUUAAACAAGUCUUGGUUUAAAGAAAAAACAGGAGAUUUAUAUUUAAAAGUUGAUAUAGAAUUUCCAAAAGAUAAUUGGUAUAUUGAGAAGGGAGAUCUUGAAAAACUAAGAAACUUAAUACCAGCAACAAGAACAGAAGAAAAAAUCCAUGAAGCAAAUGUUGAAUUAUAUACUGACUUUUCAAUUGUUAAAGAAGUCCCAGAGUUAGAAGAACCACAACAACCAAGACAAGAGCAACCUCAAUGUUCCCAACAAUAA